CGCUCCCAUCAUGAGGUAACCCACACAGACAGUUUCUCAAACUAUCACACACACCUUGUCUCUCUCCAGGCUACUCUCUCUCUCUUUCUCCAUCUUGCUCUCCCCCAUCUCUCUCUCGCUUACAUACAGACACUGUUGUGUAAAUCAUGUCUCAGAGGCAGACCAAGCUAACUCAGAACCCUUUAGAGAAGAUUUGGAUUCCCUCCAUGAGUAGCAAGAUGUACCGACGUAGAGGGUCGUCCGUCCCCCAGUUCACUAACUCUCCUACCAUGAUUGUGAUGGUGGGGCUGCCUGCUAGAGGGAAGACCUACAUCUCCAAGAAGUUAACCAGAUACCUCAACUGGAUAGGAGUUCCCACUAAAGUCUUUAAUGUAGGUCAGUACCGGCGGGAUGCGACCCAGUCCUAUAAGAGCUAUGAGUUCUUUAGACCUGACAACCAAGAGGCCAUGAAGAUACGCAAGGCCUGUGCCAUUGCGGCUUUGAAGGAUGUGUGUGCCUACUUCAUGCAGGAACAAGGACAGGUGGCAGUGUUUGAUGCCACCAACACCACUAUAGAACGUAGAGAAGUCAUUCUCAGCUUCGCCAAGGAGAACGGAUACAAGGUCUUCUUCAUAGAGUCGUUGUGUGAUGACCCAGAGAUCAUUGCUGAGAAUAUCAAACAAGUGAAGCUGAGCAGUCCAGACUACGCGGGUUGUGAUAAAGAGGAGGCGGUCGCUGACUUCCUCAAGAGGAUUGAGUGUUACAAAGUUACAUACAUAUCCCUGAACGAUGAGAAGGACAGGAGUCUGUCAUAUAUAAAGAUCUUUAAUGUUGGAAGCAGGUAUCUGGUGAACCGUGUGCAGGACCACAUCCAGAGUCGUAUUGUUUAUUACCUGAUGAACAUACAUGUAGCGCCGCGGUUCAUCUACCUGACCCGCCACGGAGAGAGUGAACUCAACCUUGUGGGACGCAUUGGAGGAGACUCUGGCCUGUCCCCACGUGGUAACAAGUUUGCCAGUGCUCUAGGAGGGUACAUACGUAGCCAGUGUAUCAGAGAUUUGAAGGUGUGGACCAGCCACAUGAAGAGAACCAUCCAGACAGCUGAGGGUCUGGGAGUCCCCUACGAACAGUGGAAGGCCCUCAACGAGAUAGACGCAGGUGUGUGUGAGGAGAUGACCUAUGAGGAGAUCCAAGACCACUACCCAGAAGAGUUUGCAUUGAGAGACCAAAACAAGUACCGUUACCGCUACCCCAAGGGAGAGUCGUAUGAGGACCUGGUGCAACGUCUGGAGCCGGUGAUCAUGGAACUAGAGAGACAGGAGAAUGUUUUGGUGGUGUGCCAUCAGGCUGUCAUGCGCUGUCUGCUAGCUUACUUCCUUGAUAAGAGUGCAGCGGAGUUGCCAUAUCUGAAGUGUCCUCUCCACACAGUGCUGAAACUCACCCCAGUUGCUUACGCCCUGGGGUCUGUAUUCUUUUUCUCAGGUUGUAAGGUUGAGUCCAUCUUCCUCAACAUUGAAGCAGUCAACACACACAGAGACAAACCAGUGAAUGUUGACGUGGACAGAGAACCAGAGGAGGCACUACUGACUGUCCCAGACCACAUAUAGAGGAGGAGAGGGAGGAGAGGAGAGGAUGAGAGAGGGUCGACUGAUGGUCCCAGACGACAUCUGGAGGAGGAGAGGAGAGCUACGAUAUUGCGACACAAUACGGGGAGAACCAAUGAAGAGACACCGUUGCUGUAGAGACUGAAGGGAAGCAAUAAGAGAGACUGCUGGGAAAUGGAGUUCAAAGGACCAGACUACAUGAACCCUACAUCUAUAAUCCUCUGUAAACAAUGUAACAUCUCUCUCAGUGGAACCCUGUUAGUGACAGUAGAAUGACGUGAAUUCAAUAAUUUGUCUGUCUGUGUGUUAGGAUCAUGUAGUCUGUCUGUGUGUUAGGAUAAUGUGUCUGUGUAUUAGGAUCAUGUGUCUGCCUAUAUGUUAGGAUCAUGUUGUCCAGGAUUUCACAAACUCGGUCCUCAGGACCCCAAGGGGUGCAAAUUUGGGUUUUUGCCCUAAACAGCUGAUUCAAAUAAUCAACUAAUCAUCAAGCUUUGAUCAUUUGAAUCAGUGUUAGGGCAAAAAAUAAAAUGUGCACCCCUUGGGGUCCUGAGGACCAAGUUUGGGAAAUGCUGAUGUAGUCUAUCAGGAUCAUCUAGUCUGUCUAUGUGUUAGGAUCAUGUAGUCUGUCUGUGUGUUAGGAUCAUCUAGUAUAACCAUCAUCAUCAUACACUGGUGUAAUUCUGCGCUCUGGACUGGUCCAUAUUUCCAUGCGUGUCCGUGUGUCCGUGUGUGUUGUUUGCAAGUGGUGUGUCAUGUAAAAUGUGUGACUGAUUGUGGCUGGGAUUCAUUCUGAGGUGCGUUGUAGAGCGCUUGACAUUUAAAAGGUAAUUUCUGAUUACCUUUAAUUUAGAAAUCUGCAGUGUUUACCAUCAAUGUGAUUUCCGCGGGAUGUGCAAAAUUGCCUUUAAAAGGGUGCAUUGUGGACAGCGCUCCCCUUACGGAAAAAACACAUGAACUCACAUCAAAUCAAAUUUAUUGGUCACAUACACAUAUUUAGCAGAUUUUAUUGUGGGUGUAGCGAAGUGCUUGUGUUGUCAGCUCAAACAGUGCAGUAAUAUCAAACAAUUCACAAGAACACAGACAAAUCUAAAAGAAUGGAAUUGAGAAAUAUAUAAAUAUUAGGAAGAGCAAUGUUGGAGUCCGGAGUGUGUGUGUACUGUAUAUACAGUACCAGUCAAAAGUUUGGACAUACCUACUCAUUCAAGAGUUUCUUUAUUUUUACUAUUUUCUACAUUGUAGAAUAACAGUGGAGACAUCAAAACUAUGAAAUGACACAUAUAGUAACCAAAAAAGUGUUAAACUGUCACGUCCUGGCCAGUAUAAGGGUUAAUUGUUAUUGUAGUUUGGUCAGGACGUGGCAGAGGGUAUUUGUUUUAUGUGGUUCAGGGUGGUGUGUUAGUUAGGAGGGCGUUUGAUUUAUUAUUUCCGGGUUUUGAGUUAUGGUCUAUGUUUAUGUAUUUCUAUGUGUAGUCGAGUGAGCGUGUUUCUAUGUUGAGUUAAUUGGGGUGGACUUCCAAUUGAAGGCAGCUGUUUGGUGUUGCCUUUGAUUGGAAGUCCUAUAUUAGUUGGGUGUGUUUGUCUUGUAUUUGUGGGAGAUUGUUCUUGGAUUGCUGUGUUGCCGUCAAGACUGUUAUUUCGUCGUUCAUUGCUUUGUUAUUUUUGUAUACGUGUUUGUUUGUUUUUUUUCCCUUCUUUUCCCGUAAAUAAAGAAGAUGAGUAUACACAUA